CAUCUGCAGUAAACAGCUGAUGAUUGCCUCUACUUGUUAUUUAAUCUCGUACACUUCACAUGAAUUUCUUUACAAAAGGCCGUCCGUUUCUGAUAGCGGGCAUAUUGCCUGGCUUGGACAGUGGCUCGGAUGAUAUAGUUAAUAAGGAUAACAAGACAUACAAGUCAUAUUUGGCCAGCAAACAGCCCACCGAAACCGGUCGUGAGCGGCUUCGGCAUAUGUUCACCGUGGAUGAAUUUGGUAGCAUAUCCUCUGAGCUUAACUCCAUUUAUCAGGCCGGCUUCCUUGGAUUCCUGAUUGGUGCAAUCUAUGGCGGUGUCACCCAAUCCAGAGCUGGUUACAUAGACUUUAUGGAGAAUAAUCAGGCCACUGCAUUUAAAUCACAUUUUGAUGCCAAGAAAAAAAUGCAGGAUCAAUUCACAGUGAACUUUGCCAAGGGCGGAUUCAAAUGGGGUUGGCGGGUCGGCCUAUUUACCACUUCCUAUUUUGGCAUCAUCACCUGCAUUUCAGUGUAUCGGGACAAAUCAAGUAUUUAUGAGUAUCUGGCUGCUGGCUCCAUAACCGGCUCCCUCUACAAGAUGAACUUGGGUCUGCGCGGCAUGGCCGCUGGUGGUAUUAUUGGUGGUUUUCUUGGUGGUGUGGCAGGAGUGACUUCAUUGCUUAUUAUGAAAGCCUCAGGCACAUCCAUGGAAGAAGUCCGCUACUGGCAAUAUAAAUGGCGUCUCGAGCGAGAUGAUACAAUCCAACAGGCCAUCAAGAAGCAGGGCGACAAGGAUACCUCCGAUCUAGUUAAGUCGCAUGACAGUCGCGUGGGUGAACAGAUUAACUUGGAAUCGGUAAAAUAGAGCUUAAUUAGAAUAAUUCCUUUGAUUUUAUUAAUUAAAUAAAUUGCAAAUAUGUCCAGAGGAAGCCCAUAUCA